UUAGUGUAGUGAAAGUGUGCCUUUGUGUUCAUCUUCCCUUUGUGCGGAGACCAACUCUUUCAAUUCUGUCCUCCCGGUACUGUUUGCUGUGGUCUGUCUGUACCUGAUUUAGGAACCAGCCUUAAGGGGCAGUCUAGCUGUAAAACCGGUGGGUCCCGUCACGUUAUCUUCAUUUGUCACAGUCUAGGGCAGUGUGAGUGUGAGUGGCUGUGAGCCGACAUGUGCCUGGCAACUGUUACCAAGCGACAAAAAAAAAACCCCAGCUCCGAUGGCCAUUGGUGGUGUAGCUGCUCGUUCGGGAGCAGGGAAGCAAAGGUGGCUGGAAUUCUUCCGCAUCAGCUGCGAUGGAGCAAAGGCGAGGGGCUCAGGUGCAGCUGCUGUGGGAGGAGGAGAGAGCAGCGGUGAUACAAAUGUGGCACCGACAGGAUCUGUUUCUUUAACACAAUGGAUGCGCUAGACUCUUGCCUGAAUCAGGAGAUUACUGCUUUGUGCGUGCAGCUUCUUCUCUCGCAAGGAAGGAAACAUUGAUUAAUGUAUCUGGCAGACUGGGAACUUGGAAUUGUCUGCGAAUGCAGUGAUCUACCUUCUGGCUUCUUGGUUAAUUUUGCGGGCUUUGAAGAGCUUUGCUGCAUUUUUGCUCCGAAGACAAAAAGUGCCUCAGAUCACUUUUUUUUUGAAAGGCAGGGAAUAUCCCUUGGUAUUAGUGUCCUGUGAGAUCUUUUCAUUUCUCUCAAGACUCUUGUCUCCCCCUCUCUCUUUCCUCCACUCUGCCGUGAGAAACAGCUGGAAGCGAUACACUGGAGGGAGCUGGUUAGCAGCCUUGCUGUGUCGAGGUGUGUCAGCAGUCCUCUGAUGCUGAGGAGGCAUGUGCAGCCCGAGAGUGCUGGCUGCGGAGACGAAGGGGAGCAGCAAAGAGAGCCGGAGGAGCAGUACGGAGCACUGUGAGAGCGAGGACUGGAGUGGAGUGGACCUGGGAAGCAGCAGAAUGAUUCGGAGGGAGGAGUGAGCCAGAGCAUGCCAGAAGAGUGGAGUGAAAGCAGGGCAGCAGCAGAGUGAGGCGGAGGAACUGCAGCAAAAGCAGAUGCUGUGCUGGCUGCUUCCAUUUGCUUUGGUCUGUGGCCCACCCUUACCUCUGCCAUGAACCAGACCACGGUUGAAUGGAGAGCUGUGAGUGUGAGCAACACCUCGGUUAACCUGUCCAACCACGCUUGCCCAUUGGGCUUUGGCCACUACAACGCAGUUGACGUUUGUGUCCUCGAGACUGCCAUCAUCGUGUUGCUGACAGUUCUGAUCAUACUGGGAAAUCUGACGGUGAUCUUUGUGUUCCACUGUGCCCCACUUCUCCACCAUUACACCACGAGCUACUUCAUCCAGACCAUGGCCUAUGCAGACCUACUUGUCGGGGUAAGCUGCUUGGUUCCUGCACUUUCUCUCCUUCACUAUCCCACGGGCAUGCAGGAAUCUCUCACCUGCCAGGUCUUUGGCUACAUCAUUUCAGUGCUGAAGAGUGUGUCCAUGGCUUGCCUGGCUUGUAUCAGUAUCGACCGCUACCUUGCCAUUACGAAACCACUCUCCUAUAGCCAGCUCGUCACCCCCUGUCGUCUUCGGCUGUGUAUCAUUCUCAUAUGGAUAUACUCCUGUGCAGUUUUCCUGCCCUCAUUCUUUGGAUGGGAGAAGCCAGGCUAUCACGGAGACAUCUUUGAGUGGUGUGCUACCUCCUGGGAAACUAAUGCUUACUUCACAGGCUUCAUAGUCUGUUUGCUGUAUGCUCCUGCUGCCUUCAUCGUCUGCUUCACCUACUUCCACAUAUUUAAAAUCUGCCGGCAGCACACCAAAGAAAUUAAUGAGCGCCGUGCCCGUUUUCCCAGCCAGGAUGUGGAAGCUGCUGAGGGUGGGCCCAGCCCUGACCGGCGCUAUGCAAUGGUCCUGUUUCGGAUUACAAGCGUCUUCUACGUGCUGUGGCUCCCCUACAUUCUUUACUUCCUGCUGGAGAGCUCCCGCGUGCUGGAGAGCCCCUCAUUGUCAUUCGUAACGACGUGGCUGGCCAUCAGCAAUAGCUUCUGCAACUGUGUCAUCUACAACCUCUCCAAUAGCGUUUUCAGGCUGGGCUUGAGGAGGCUGUCACAAAUGGCCUGCUCGCUGUGCUUGCCUUUAGGAAAUGAGACAGCAAGAGAUCCCAAACCCAGGAAACGGGCCAAUUCCUGCUCCAUCUGACAGCUUAAGUAUUUUUGAGGACAGAAAGCAGAUUGCAGUUAUGGCACUCCCUACGUCUGGUACUCUUAUGUGAAACCACUUCUGGGAACAGGAGAAUUGAUAGCUAAAGGGCUUGUUGGAAUGGUCUGCUGUGGAGCGACAGGAGGCCAUUCCAUUAUUCUUGUUGAUUAUGAUCUGUAUCUUAAUCCUGUCUACUUGCCUUGGUUUCACAAUCCUUAUUCACCCUGAUGAACACAAAUCUGUCAGGUUUGUUUUGAAAUUCUCGAUUAACUCAUGGUCUCAACAACAACUUCGGCAAAGGAUUGUCUCAGAUUUCUGUGAUCCACUUUGGCACACCGGAGGGUGAAAACUGGUCAGCAGCGUUCUGAUCGUUUUGAACAAGGUGGAGCUCAUGAAGUAAUGAACCUAUUAGUUUACAGCCCUCGACUCUAUUCACAGAGCUGGAUAUGGCGUUGCAUUCGCUGCUUUGGAAUAUGGGUAGAAGGGCUGGGCAGUAGAGAGGCUCUUGUAAAGAGUGCACUUCGAGGUACUGUAUUGACUAUACAUCGUUCUGAUCAUCAAGAGCAUGGGGCAACUGUUUGUACAGCUUUCUACAGGAACAUGAACACUUUCACUAGGUGUGCCCUAUUCUGUUGUAGGCUGCAACCCUUUAUAACAUUUCAGUGUAAGCUUGCACAAAGUGUACGAAAUAUUUGGUGGAGUUUAUUCUGUGACUGUGCCUAAUGUAACCAACACACAUUUACUAUUUCGAGGAGUGUAGUUAAAGAGGGUAGGAAUUGAAUUUAUCUUUAAACAAUAAUAAACAAAUGCAAAAAAAAAGUCACAGUGCAUUGAUACUUAUCCUGAAAGAUCUUUCUGGUUGUUGCGUUAACUGUGACAGUGACUUGUCCUCUCUGUAGUUCUGGUACUGAUAAGGAUGAAAGCUAAUGAAAGAAAGUGCCAACUGGGUUUGACUGUUUCACUGGCACCAGGAUCAUUGAUAUAAAGAGACAAUAAGCUAAGGCUAAGGUGGGGGGAAUCUUCUGAUUCUGUUCGUGUCGCGCUACUCAGGAAUACGUUGCAAAAAAAGGGGAAACAGCAGUUAAUGUUUGCAUUGCCCUCGGUGUGAAUGCUGCUGAUUAACCCUUCGAGCUCUCCAGCUCCUUUGCUGCUGGUACCUUCAGUCAAUCAGCACUGACUUGGAGUGCAGUUUGUGGAAUGCCUUUCCGCUUGCCGGCACUGCAUCCUGAAACCAACUUUUUUGAUUAUCUGUUGGGUGCAAAGACGUUGCUGUAGUACUUGAAAGGUUAUGUACUGUGCGAUAUGGGAGAGUUAAGCUGUAAGAAUGUAAUGUUAAAUUAUUUUUAAACAUUGAUUUAUUGUUAAUUGUUUUACAUUUAAAAAGUGACUUUUAUAUAUAUAUAUAAUACAUAUAUCUAUAGAAUACAUAUUUGAACAGCCUGUAUCGAAGAGGUUUAAUAAAUGAA